GCGACCAAACAUUUAUUUCAACAUCAUGUCUCCAACGCCGGGGACAUUCAUUAUUGCGAAACGACAACAAGACUUUUGCAGAAUCCAAGGGCGUGCAUCUUGGCCUCGAGCAAUUUUUGCCAGAUUUUGCCGACGAGGACGAAAUGACCGCGAGCGGGAAGGGAUGCCUGGGUACGCCAAGGGAUGCCGAAACCAAACUGAUCCUGACACCAGGCAAGGGAUAG